CUUAAUACGAAAAUAUAUGCCAGCGACAUCUGCAUGUGACAUACAUUCAUGUUCAUAGUGAAAGCAAUGAUAUGGCAACUCGCUUAAUUUAAAUGUUUUGACAGUUUCAAAAUUUACGAAAAAUUAUCGUAAAACAGAAUACAAAAGAUUAAGGAAAAGCGAUGUAUGUCGUCUUUCCAAGUGCAAAAUUGAGUUGGGCGUGCAUGUGUUUAAAACCGCAACGACAAAGUGCGCAGAAUACCAAUUAAUUGUACCACAACUUGAAUAACUUAAAAAAUAACUCUUUUGCAUUGCUACAGGGAGAGAUUUUGUAAAAUUUUUAUGUAAUAAAACUUCUGGCUUGCCAAUUAACUUGUGACUGUGCUAAUAGGGUUUAGAGAUUUCUAUUCAAUAAGAACUUGUGAAAUUCAGGUCAUACGUCGUAUUCAGAAAAGUAAGCUGUCGAUAGCGUGGAAAGUAAGAAAGUGUGAAACGUGGAGGAAAUUAACCGCCAAAGCAAAAGAAACAAUAGCAGCAGUGGAGAGAAAAUCUGGGAAUAAGCAGUAGAGCAAGUAACAACUGCAGUUCGUGGACCAUUAGAAGGGAGUACAAGGUGGUGGUGGCGGUGUUGUAUUGGCGAGCAGCAUCGUUAUUUGCUCGGCAAAGAGUGAAAACACAUUGCGAACGGUUAGUGACGCGCAGCAAUCGGACGGCAGCGUUUGGGAUCAGUAUAGCCAUUCAUAGGAGGCAAAUAUUUGCCUUUUUUUGCUGUAAAGGCAGUUUGUUUACUGCCGAUAUAUAUUGCAUAUAAUUGCUUAAAAUAGCGGCAUUUAAAGCAAUUGAUUAUUGAAUUUGUACAGCAGCUGUGAUCUGUCAUUAGUUUAAUAGCUACAUUACGUGCUUAUUGAAUUACUACUGCUUUUGCAAUACAACCGCAAUGAAUAUGGAAGACUACGAAUCAUUACCCACUACCAGUGUGAGCAUUAAUAUGACAGCCGGAGCAAUUGCGGGCGUAUUGGAACAUUGUGUUAUGUAUCCAUUGGAUUCGGUUAAGACAAGAAUGCAAAGUUUAUCGCCAGUCACAUCCAACUAUGACAUCAGCACCACCUUCAAGAAUAUGAUCAAGAAAGAGGGUAUUAUGAGACCUAUACGUGGUGUCUCCGCUGUUGUUGCUGGCGCCGGACCCGCACAUGCGCUGUACUUUGGUUCCUACGAAAUGACGAAAGAGCUCCUGACUAGGUUUACCACCAACAAUCAUGUCAAUUAUAUGGCGUCCGGAGUUAUAGCGACACUCAUACACGAUGCCGUAUCGAAUCCCACAGAUGUGAUAAAACAACGCAUGCAAAUGUACAAUUCUAAGUAUAAUUCAGUUAUUGGCUGUAUGAAGGACGUAUAUCGUACUGAGGGCAUUCAAGCAUUCUACAGAUCGUACUCCACACAGCUAGUAAUGAACAUACCAUAUCAGACAAUACAUUUUGCCACAUACGAAUUUUUCCAAAAUAUGUUGAAUCAUGAACGAAGAUAUAGUCCCGUAGUUCAUAUGGUGGCCGGUGGCGCGGCUGGUGCUACCGCUGCUGCCUUCACAACGCCACUAGAUGUGGUGAAAACGCUGUUAAAUACACAGGAGAAUGGGCUGACAAAGGGCAUGGGUGAAGCAAUUCGGCAGAUCUACGCAGUGGCUGGUGUGAAAGGCUUUUUCCGUGGCAUGUUGGCACGCGUAUUGUACUCAAUGCCAGCAACCGCCAUUUGCUGGUCAACAUAUGAAUUCUUCAAAUUCUAUUUGGCUGGCUCUAAUCAUAGCACCUACAAGUCAUCGAUCACCGGCAAGAAUGCGUUGCAGCGGCGAGAUGAUGUAGUGGAACCCGCUGAAAAAACAGCCUACGUGCUGCCAGUGACAACAGCCGAUGCCGUGGAGGAGCUACCAACAAGUCCAAGUGCUACAACAGCUACAGCGCCCAGCAGCGUCAGCUCGGGCGGUGCGACAGCUGGACCAGCGCCAAGUAGUGCAACGGCGAUCAAAAGCGUAUGUGAACUGCCUAGUAAUGUGACUACAUCUGCAUUAAAUCUACACACCAGGCAUACGGAUGUGAAAAGUACGCGACCAUUUGAACGAGGAUACUCGAGUCCGUAAUUCAAAGAGUGAUACUCAGAAAUAGAACGAGCGUUGGAGAGAGGGGAGCAACAUGAAAUAAAAAAAAAUAUUGUAAUAUACAAAACCCUAUAAAAAUUUACAGUAAUCAAGCGACGAUUCAAUGCCAGCGUAAAGCGCACGUUAAUACAACAGACAACUUUAUUGCGGUAUUUGGCAACGCUGGUGUGUGCGUGUAUAUUUAUUUAUUUUUUGGCGUGUCUUAAUUGUGAGGUCUGGUGCGUGCAGUUGGGCGGGGUGGUGUGUUUAACAGUGUCGACGUGGACCGUCACACUGCGAGUCACCCCAAAUUACUUCCUACCACGAAGACGAUAUUACGAAAAGAGUGCUCAAGAAGGUUAUCUAAAUGGCGAAAGUUCUGUUUGGUGGUGAUGAAUGUGAUAAAUGUUAUUUUUUGUUUGUUUGGUAUUUAAAUACCCAUCACCUGCCUGUAGCACAUACUGCAAAGAAGCUCAAUGAAGAAAAAACAAGACAAACUAAAUUUAAAGCUAUUAAAUGCAUAAAAUAAUUAUAAUACUAAAAAGAGUAGCAUCGAACCAGUGCUGAAACCCUUUGGCUUUAAUUGUGGUGGCAGCAGGAUGGAACAUUUCGUCAACUCUCGGAAAAACCGAACCUUUUACGGCAUUAUGUAAAUAUGCAUGUCUUUAUCUACAUCCCUGCUCAGCAACCAUACCUUGCGGCACGAUGCGCCUUUCCCCUCUCCCCCGUCCGCAAAUUGUUUGCGGUGUAAAAAUUCAUGUUUGUAAAAAUAAAAAAAAAAGUAUCAAUUUCGGAAAAUGAAAUCAAUUCGAAAAAUCACUACGUGUUUACUGUACACAAUAAAAUCUUUGCAAAAGAGGAUCAACUUGUAAUCUAAUUACAAUACACUAAAUAAACCUAGUUUAUACAUAUAUAUAAAAAGAAAAGUAAAUAUAAAAAUAAAACCACAAGAACAAAAAAUGGAGCCAUGCGUAGUUGUAGGCACAAUACUCGUUAGCAGCAUUUUGAAUUUCCAAGAAAUUCACAACCCAACUAUACGAGUGCAUAAAAAUACAAGUCACGGUAUCGAACUGCGUUUAAGUUCAAGUGCAGCGCGAUCUAGCAGCAAGUUGAAAUUAUUAUUUUGCCAUUACCACGCUACAACAUGGAAUCGACAACAAUUUCUAACAACAUACAGACAUACAUACAUACAAUUACACACAUAGUCACACACGUUGCAAGAGAAUUUCUACUGUGAUUACAUAUAUAUUACACCAUGCACGCCUUAUAUGUUCGGAGUUAAGAAGAUGAUGUUCAGUUUGCUACUUGAAAGACAGGUCUUUUCAAUACCUUUUUGUUUUCAUUCAAGCUAUUUAGAUUGUGGUUUUAGCGUGGUGACUGCAAGAUAUGAAAAUUGUUAAUAUUAUUUUAAAUUAUAUUAAAUGUAAAACUCUUAAUAUAUGCUAACUUAAAAAUUUUAUUGUUAUUAAAUUACACAACCUUGUAAUUUACAAACAGAAAAGCUGAAAAAUUGUCUUUUCGCCAAAAUGUA